CGCAAGCCAGGUAGUCUGGCUGGAAGCUGCUGUAGGAUCUCUUUUUAAACAGCGUCCCAGCAACCAAGAUGGGCCGGAAGGUGACCGUGGCCACCUGUGCGCUCAACCAGUGGGCCCUGGACUUUGAGGGCAAUUUCCAGAGGAUUUUAAAGAGUAUUCAAAUUGCCAAAGACAAAGGUGCAAGAUACAGGCUUGGACCAGAACUAGAAAUAUGUGGCUAUGGCUGUUGGGAUCAUUAUCAUGAAUCAGACACUCUCCUGCAUUCGCUGCAAGUUCUGGCUGCCCUUCUGGACUCUCCGAUCACUCAGGACAUCAUCUGUGACGUGGGGAUGCCUGUAAUGCACCGGAACGUUCGCUACAACUGCAGAGUCAUCUUCCUCCACCGGAAGAUCCUGCUCAUCAGACCCAAGAUGGCCUUGGCCAACGAAGGCAACUACCGGGAACUGCGCUGGUUCACCCCCUGGUCCAGGAGCCGGCAAACUGAGGACUAUGUCCUCCCUCGGAUGCUACAGGACCUGACAAAGCAGACAACUGUGCCAUUUGGAGAUGCGGUUCUAGCCACCGAAGACACCUGCAUUGGGAGUGAGGUCUGUGAGGAGCUCUGGACACCACGCAGCCCCCACGUUGACAUGGGCCUGGAUGGUGUAGAGAUCAUCACCAAUGCCUCGGGCAGCCACCAUGUGCUACGCAAAGCCCACACCAGGGUGGACCUGGUGACCAUGGCCACCUCCAAGAAUGGUGGCAUCUACUUGCUAGCCAACCAGAAGGGCUGUGACGGUGACCGUCUCUACUAUGAUGGCUGUGCCAUGAUUGCCAUGAAUGGGAGCAUCUUCGCCCAGGGCACUCAGUUCUCAUUGGAUGAUGUGGAGGUCCUCACUGCCACCCUAGACCUGGAGGAUGUCCGGAGCUACAGGGCAGAGAUCUCAUCUCGGAACCUGGAGGCAAGCAAGGUGAGCCCAUACCCCCGGGUGACAGUGGACUUUGCCCUCUCGAUCAGUGAAGACUUGUUGGAGCCAGUGUCAGAGCCUGUGGAGUGGACAUACCACAGGCCUGAGGAGGAGAUAAGCCUCGGACCUGCCUGCUGGCUCUGGGACUUCCUCCGACGGAGCAAACAGGCCGGGUUUUUCCUGCCCCUGAGUGGCGGUGUAGACAGUGCAGCCAGCGCCUGCAUUGUCUACUCCAUGUGCUGCCUGAUCUGCGAGGCUGUGAAAAGCGGAAGUAGGUGGCAUGAUGUCCAUUCAUCUGAGGAGGGUGACAGGUGGGGAACCAGUCAGGGAACAGAGAACAAACCCAGGUCAUGGGCACCGUGGGUGAGGGAGGCUUUGUUGCUGGGUACAGAUGGCAUCGGUCCAAUUCAAGUCCCAGAACCCAGGCCAGUAACAGCCAUUCCUGAGCAGUUAGCAGAUGUGACCUUGUCUGUCUACCACUGUCUGUCAGCCGUCGGGAGGACACAGGCUUUGGGGUCUGGCAAUUUCUUAUUCCUAGGUCAAUUUCUUAUUCCUCCAUGGGUGCAGUGGCCCUGAGAACAGCUUAAGCAGCUCAGGGGCAGAAGGUUAGCCCAGCACAGAGCACAGGUUAGCCUAGAGCACAGCACUGAGCUCGCACAGCUAGCCCUGUGUGCACAGGAUCCAGUGUGCAGACACCUGGGAGAAGGACUUGCUGGUUUUUCUAGGAAUGUGGGCAAUGGACCAGGCUAGAUUUGUGUCCUCUAGGGUCAUCAGUCGGAGCUAGAUGCAAGCAAACUUGGGAGGCGGACUGUGGGAACUUAACUGCAGACUAGGGCGUAGUUAGGUGGGCCGUCAGGAUGGACUGGGUCUAAUGUGUGGGAGGAUCAGACCAGGGCUACAUGGCACCUAUGUGGGCCCCGGGGAGAUGAACAGAUGCUGGCACUUGAAAGAUGUGGUCUGGCUACAUGGGCCCUUGGGAGGGAGGCCAGGAUUUUUGCAGACAGUGGUUCCCAUCCUGCCGUGGUGGCCCCAGAUCAGCAAGUGCUGGCAGACGUCCAAAACCUGGUACAGCAAUUCAACUACACCCCGAGGGAACCCCGGGAGCUCUGCG